AUGGACAUAAAAGGGGAGUUGAAAUACAGAUUUGGCAUCAAAAUGAACUAUAUGAAAGCUUGGAGAAGUAAGGAACAUGCAGUAAACGACUUGAGAGGUAAUGCUAGUGACUCGUACAGCCUAAUACCGAGUUUCUUACACAUGGUGGAAAAAACAAACCCUGGAUCAUUUGUCGAUCUGAAAACGGCAGAAGACAACAGCUUGCUCUUUGUUUUCAUGGCGUUGGAUGCAUCCAUAAAAGGGUGGGGAGCAUGCAGACCGAUAGUUGUUGUGGACGGAACGUUCCUCAAAGCAGCUUAUGGGGGAACUUUGUUGUGCGCAUGCACACAAGAUGCAGCAGAAUCCUUUGGAACGGCUGCAAAUUUGGCAGCAAGGGAGCUACCAAUUACAACACUGCUAGAAUGCUUGAGAGCAUUGGUGCAACAAUGGACGCAUACUAAUAGGACAAAAGCACACAACACCUUCACUAAGCUAUCACCAACUGGAGAAGACAUACUGUUGAAAAAUUACACAUACUCAUUGAAUCUGGAGGUUAAAGCAACAACAGAUUACUUGUUUGAGGUAACAAGAAUGAAAGAAUCGUGGGAAGUAGACCGAGAAAAAAGAACAUGCACGUGCAACAGGUUCCAAAUAGAUGAAAUGUCAUGCGGGCACGCAGUGGCCGUGAUGAGGGAGAUGAACAUGGACCCGUACACCUACUGUUCAGAUUACUACACAAAAAAAAUUGGCUGGCAACUUAUUCAGGGACAGUUUACCCAAUAGGACACCAAAGUGAAUGGGAGGUACCGGAAGAAGUGAAGAAUAUUAUAGUCUUGCCUCCACAUGAAAGAGUAAAAUCAGGAAGACCAAAAACAUUAAGAAGGAAGGCUGGAUGGGAAAAGGAUCAACACAACAAGUGCAGCAAAUGUGGUGAACUGGGGCAUAACAAAAGAACAUGCAGCAGAAGACGUAGAAGGGAAUAAAAACAACAACAGAACAACAGUGGAAAAACAAAAGAAAACUACACAUACGUUUUGAGAAUUAGAUAUUGAGGAAUUUAAAUUUCUGAAAUACAAAGGGAAUACAUUUUUUAUUUGAAAAACAUUGAUUACAUUGGGAAUUGUUGAUACUUUAGAUUGGAUAUUAAAAGAUGUUGGAUACUAAAUUGAAUAUAUA